AUUCAUGAUGUGUGUUUUGCAAAACCCCUAAAACCCUAAAGCCUGCUUCUUCUAGACCCUUCCCUACGCCCACUUGAUAUGAAUAUAUACAACUCUGCGGAGCUAUAUGUUUUUCUUGUAUCGACCACUAAAUAUUGUAUAAGCUUUUGAAUUGAAGAAGACAAACAUUUGAUUAUUCUGCAACAAUCCCAGACAAGUCAUGUAUAGAUUUGCAGCAAAUCUUGCCUCCAAAGCACGGAUUGCUUCAAACAGUAGCAAACAGAUUGGGAGUAGAUUAAGUUUGAGCAGAAACUAUGCCGCCAAGGAUAUUAGAUUUGGGGUUGAAGCCCGGGCCUUAAUGUUAAAAGGUGUUGAAGAGCUCGCAGAUGCAGUUAAAGUAACUAUGGGGCCUAAGGGGCGUACUGUGGUCAUUGAGCAACCUUAUGGGGCACCAAAAGUUACUAAAGAUGGGGUAACGGUUGCUAAGAGCAUCGAGUUCAAGGACAGAGUGAAGAACAUAGGAGCAAGCCUCGUCAAACAGGUUGCAAAUGCCACCAAUGAUGUUGCAGGGGACGGUACCACAUGUGCCACAGUCCUCACCCGUGCAAUAUUUACUGAGGGUUCCAAAUCUGUUGCAGCCGGUAUGAAUGCAAUGGACCUUAGACGUGGCAUUACCAUGGCAGUAGAUGCUGUGGUGACAAAUUUGAAAAGUAGAGCACGGAUGAUAAGCACAUCUGAAGAAAUAGCACAGGUUGGAACAAUAUCUGCCAAUGGAGAGAGGGAAAUUGGUGAGUUAAUUGCGAAGGCAAUGGAAAGGGUUGGCAAGGAGGGAGUAAUAACAAUUCAAGACGGAAAGACACUGUACAAUGAGUUGGAAGUUGUUGAAGGAAUGAAGCUCGAUAGGGGUUACAUAUCCCCAUAUUUUAUCACAAAUCAGAAGAACCAGAAAUGUGAGUUAGAUGAUCCUCUCAUUCUAAUUUAUGAGAAGAAAAUCUCUAGCAUAAAUUCAGUGGUGAAAAUAUUAGAAUUGGCGUUAAAGAGACAAAGGCCUCUGUUAAUAGUUGCUGAAGAUGUUGAUAGUGAAGCAUUAGCAACAUUAAUUCUGAAUAAGCUGCGUGCUGGAAUAAAGGUUUGUGCAAUCAAGGCUCCAGGGUUUGGAGAAAAUAGAAAGUCUAAUCUCCAGGAUCUUGCUGUACUUACUGGAGGACAGGUUAUUACUGAAGAGCUUGGUAUGAACCUCGACAAUGUGGAGUUGGAUAUGUUUGGGUCAUGCAAAAAGAUCACAAUAUCCAAGGAUGACACAGUUGUUCUUGAUGGUGCUGGUGAGAAAAAGGCUAUAGAAGAGAGGUGUGAACAGAUAAGGUCAUCAAUUGAAUUGAGUACUUCUGAUUAUGACAAAGAGAAGUAUCAAGAAAGACUAGCAAAGCUUUCUGGUGGUGUUGCUGUAUUGAAGAUUGGGGGAGCUAGUGAAACUGAAGUAGGUGAGAAGAAGGAUAGAGUUACAGAUGCACUGAAUGCCACAAAAGCUGCUGUAGAGGAAGGAAUUGUGCCGGGGGGUGGAGUUGCUCUUUUGUAUGCGACUAAAGAGUUAGAAAAGCUUCAAACAGCCAACUUUGACCAGAAGAUUGGGGUACAAAUUAUUCAGGAUGCCCUUAAGACACCAGUACACACUAUUGCAUCUAAUGCUGGUGUGGAAGGGUCUGUUGUUGUUGGCAAGCUCUUGGAGCAAGACGACCCUGAUCUUGGUUAUGAUGCGGCCAAAGGUGCUUAUGUUGACAUGGUCAAAGCGGGAAUUAUUGACCCACUGAAAGUGAUUAGGACGGCACUGGUUGAUGCAGCAAGUGUAUCUUCCUUGAUGACGACUACAGAAGCUAUUGUGGUCGAACUUCCCAAGGACGAUAAAGAAGUACCAAUGGGAGGUGGCAUGGGUGGUAUGGGCGGCAUGGAUUAUUGAUAGGCAUAUUGCUCAACAUGUCCGACAUAUAUUGCUCCGAAUACAAGGGUUUUUUUGCCCAUUAUUAGGUUAGGAUAGUUAAAGGUUGGGUGGCUAAAAUAAGCAUCCCCAUAUGUAAUAAUUUGCUCUAAUUGCGCCUGAGUGUUCUAUUAGAGUUUCGGUAUCUGUAGGAUUCUUAUAUAUGAGGAUGCUUUUUGGACUAAAUGGCUAUUCAUGUGUCUUGUCUUUUAUGAUCUGCAGCAAUUUUGACUUGA